UUCAAGUGCGAAAGUGCACUUUGGACCAAUCAGCGGGAUGGGCAGCGGCCGGCAGUCAUCAAUCCACCGACAUGCUGCACCGUGCUCUGACCAAGGCGUCGUCGCCGGCGUGGGCCCGCCGCGCGAGCUCGGCCGCCGCAUAUGGCCUUAGCACCGAGCAGCAGGCGUUCUACAACGCCAACGGGUACCUCCACAUCGAGGGCGCGCUCUCGCACGAGACGUGCGACACACUCCGUGCGCGGGCGGACCACCACCUCUCGCAGUUCGACCCGAGCUCCAAGAGCAUCUUUAGCUCCAAGCACCAGACGCGGUACAGCGACGCAUACUUUCUCUCGUCCGGUCCGCGCAUCCACUGCUUCUUUGAAGAAGACGCGGUCGACGACGAUGGCAACGUCACCGUGCCGCUGCCGCUCGCGAUCAACAAGAUUGGCCACAAUUUGCACUCGCUCGACCCAGCGUUUCGCGACGUGAGCUUCUCGCCCAGCGUCAAAGGCAUCCUCCAGUCGCUUGGGUACGUCGCCCCCGUCGUGCCCCAGUCCAUGUAUAUUUUCAAGCAGCCAUCGAUUGGCGGCGAGGUUGGCGCGCACCAAGAUGGCACGUACCUCUACACGGAGCCGCAGAGCGUCAUUGGUCUCUGGUGGGCGCUGGAAGACUGCACGACGUCGAACGGCUGCUUGUACGGUGUGCCUGGCUCGCACUUGACGACGCCCGUGCUUCAGCAUUUCAAGCGCACGACGCCGUUCAAUGGCCAAGAGGAUUUCUCGAGCGCCGACGGCCCGUUGCUGGAGACGGUGCCCGCGACCAAGCCCGCGUUCGACCUGACGGGCGGGACGCCGAUCUUGACCAAGAAGGGCGACCUCGUGCUCCUCCACUCGUCGUUUGUGCAUUACAGUCAUGCCAACACGUCCGACAAGUCGCGCCAUGCGUACUCGAUCCACGUCGUCGAGAGCCAUGAGACCGAGUACCCGAAAGUCAACUGGCUUCAGUUCCCCAAGGACAUGCCGUUCCCCCGCGUGUACUAGUCGGAUAAGUAAGAAAGAAGGAACUUGGUCGUUGCACCGAUGUCAGACAUGCGCGCGUCGUAGCUUUGCAGGCUGUGGCGCACGAGCACCAUGCCGUCGAUGGCGAACACCUCGGUAGUUACCACACGCUUGCUGAGAUCCCGAAUGGGUCUCUGCCACGCAGACAGAACGCAGUGGUGAGUGGUGUUGUCGG